AUGGGCACACGGCCCCCCACCCCCUUCCUCCUCCUCCUCCUCAUCUUCCUCGCCCUCAUCCUCAUCCUCACCCUCCUCCUCCUCCUCCUCCUCCUCCUCCUCCUCCUCCCGGCCUGCUGCUACUCCUCUCUACCACCUCCCGUCCUUCUCAUGUGGGAAGUUGGAGUAGCGUAUGGGAAUCCGUCGAAUCGUUUCUGGACCCUACUAAGAAAGAGUGAGAUCUUACCUUCCAAAUGGCGAGAGGACGACCAACUCUGGCGGAUCAACAACAUGAUGCCACACGAGCUUGGGAUUGGAAUUUCAGACAUCGGUUGCUUUCCUGGAAGCGAUGCUGCCGAAUUUGGGCACGACGUUAUGCUGCAGUGGAGGGAGGACUUCUACAAGAGGGCGAGAGCACAUCUCCACCGAUGUUGCAGUGUGCUCAAGAAUGGCGAGGAAAACAAGAAGAGGAAGAAGAACAAUGAAAGAGUCAAGGAGGAGGAGGAGGAGGAGCAUCGGCAGGAGGAAUUCUCCGCAGAUGAAUUGGAUCGCAUGGCCCCAAGGAUUGUCGCCUUCACUGGCAAGCGUCACUACUCGAUGCUCUUUCAACCUCAGCUGAAGAAAGUCGAUAGCUAUGGCAAGCAGGAUCUUCUCCCCCCUCGUUGGCCCUUCCCUGCCUCUACUGAGGUUUGGAUCCUCCCGUCUCCUUCCGGCCGCGCUGCCAUGAGCUCUGCUGACCGCGAGAUGAUGGAGAUGGAGAUGGAGAAGGGGAUGGACAAGGAGACGGAGACGGAGAUGGAGAUGGAGAUGGAGAUGGACAGGAUGAAGUGA